CACGCUGAUGGCACGCUCUUGCAGCGGUCCGCUAAAUCACCGCAAUGGAGUAAGAGCAGGGGAGGGUGGAAGACACCGGCUGCCCUGCCUCCAGUCUGCAUGUGAGCGCACACAGCAGAGCAGACACACAGCAGGACGGCCAAGCGCAAUCAAUCACUGGGCAACAAAGGGACGCAUGCUCCAUCCAAGGCAUCAAAUAAAUAAGAUCGUUUAAGACUUCCGCACAGAGAACCCUUUUUGCUUACCUCUGUCCUCACCUCCAAGGGCGUAAUCGAACAACAGUCAUGGAGCUGGAGCACUUUGACGAGCGGGACCAGGCUCAGAGAUACACCCGGAGGGGCUCCAGGGGGAACGGGCUCCCUAGUCCCACUCAUAGCGCUCACUGCAGCCUGUACAGAACCAGGACACUGCAAGCACUAAGCUCAGAAAAGAAGGCCAAGAAGAUCCGUUUCUACCGCAACGGCGACCGGUACUUUAAAGGGAUCGUGUAUGCCAUCUCUCAGGAGAGAUUUAGGUCUCUGGAUGCUCUCCUUGCAGAUCUCACAAGAGCUCUGUCAGAUAAUGUCAACUUGCCCCAAGGAGUGAGGACCAUAUAUACGGUGGAUGGGGCAACCAGGAUUGCCAGCAUAGACCAGCUGGUGGAAGGUGAAAGCUACGUCUGUGCAUCCAUAGAGCCUUUCAAGAAACUGGACUACACCAAGAAUGUAAAUCCCAACUGGGCAGUUGGUGCCAGGACCGCGGCCUCUGUCCGUGAUCCUUCUUCUCUCGGCAGCGCCAUGGCCGGAUCCCCAGAAACCAGAGAGACCAAAGACUUUAUAAAGCCCAAGCUGGUGACGAUUGUCCGUAGUGGCGUAAAACCUCGCAAGGCUGUCCGGGUCUUGCUCAACAAGAAGACGGCACACUCGUUCGAGCAAGUUAUGAGUGACAUCACGGACGCCAUCAAGCUGGACUCUGGAGUCGUCAAAAGGCUGUAUACUGUUGAUGGCAAAGUGGUUUCAUGCCUCCAGGACUUUUUUGGAGAAGAUGACAUUUUCAUUGCUUGUGGUCCUGAAAAGUUCCGCUAUCAAGAUGAUUUCAAUUUGGAUGAAACUGAAUGCAGGGUGACAAAAUCAUCAUCGUAUGGUCGGCUCCCCUCAGUGCAUGGUCGCUCUCCCCUUAGAGCUGCUGGAAUGUCCCGUAGAAGCAAAUCUCCCUCACCUGCUGGAUCGGCAAACGGCACUGCAGGCAGUACGUUUUCUACACCUCGUUCUGGAAAGUCCCCAAGCCCUAUUUUAACCAGUCCAGCAAGCCUCCGAAGACGACAGGGAUCCCAACACAGUGGUUCUUCACUCUCGUUAGCCUCUACCAAGGUAUGCAGCUCCAUGGAUGAAUGUGACGGUCCCAGCAGUGAAGCUGAGCCAGUGGAUGAAUGCUCCACAGUGCCGGCCUCCAUAUCGGACCGGUACAAAGUCGGAAGGAUCUUGGGGAAUGGAAACUUUGCUGUGGUUCGUGAGUGUGUGGAAAGAUUAACUGGGAGGGAGUAUGCUUUAAAAAUCAUCAGCAAAGACAAAUGUAAGGGAAAGGAGCAGAUGAUACAGAGUGAAGUGUCCAUCCUCAGGCGCGUUAAACAUCCAAACAUUGUGCUUUUAAUCGAGGAAAUGGACACCCGCAGCGACCUCUACCUUGUAAUGGAGUUGGUGAAGGGGGGCGAUCUCUUUGAUGCCAUCAUGUCCUCCAACAGAUACACAGAGCGUGAUGCCAGUUGUAUGCUGUUCAACCUGGCUAGCGCCAUAAAGUACCUUCACAGUCUCAAUAUUGUGCAUCGAGACAUAAAACCAGAAAAUCUGUUGGUUUAUGAACAUCAUGAUGGUAGCAAAUCUCUAAAAUUAGGUGACUUUGGCUUGGCUACCAUUGUCAAUGGUCCUCUUUAUGCUGUUUGUGGAACGCCAACUUAUGUGGCACCAGAGAUUGUUGCUGAAACAGGAUAUGGACUCAAGGUGGAUAUCUGGGCAGCUGGUGUCAUCACGUACAUACUGGUCUGUGGCUUUCCUCCUUUUCGUGGCAGUGGUGAAGACCAAGAGGCCCUCUUUGAAGAGAUUUUAAAAGGCCAUCUUGAAUUUCCAGCACCGUACUGGGACAACGUGUCCGAUGUUGCCAAGGCUCUGAUCACUGGCAUGCUGCAGGUCGUUGUGGAUCAAAGAUACACAGCUGUACAAGUGCUGGAUCACCCCUGGGUCAACGGUGAAAAUCUGUCAGAGAAGGGACACCAGCUUCCUGUGGCUGGAAAAAUCAAGAAGCAUUUUAAUUAUGGACCCAAGAUCAACGGCACUGCAGCAGGAGUGUCAGUAAUUACAACCACGUCACUUGAUAAAGAGAAGCAAGUUUUCCGACGAAGACGCCACCAGGAUGUAAAGCAUACCAAAAUGUUGCCCAGCAGUGGUGCCACCACCACCUCACAGAGUGCCAACCCUGUCCUUUCCCCAGAAUCUGAAGAUUUUUCCCAAAGUUCAGCUGACACCGUUCAUUCUCCCAUUUCUCCCUAAUAGCUUUUCUAAAAUCACAGCACAUUCUUUUUGGGAAAUGACCAUGGUGAGUCCCUAGACAUGGACACGCUGAGUCUUUAACUGUAUCCAUUUUCUCAACAACCCAAUGAAAUUUGAACAUAGCUUGACAGCAUGCAACAAUUUUGAAAGGCUAAACAAGGUACUUCUACAAAUAUAAAUUUUUUAUUUGUCUAAUUUGGCUUAUUUAUCAUGACUCUUCAAACGUUUGUCUGAAGAAAGCUAUUUUAGCAAUCCCCACCCCCCCACCGGGCUAUAAAAACUGGCACUAAUACAGCCCCUCUGCAGUGAUAUUACCCCUUAUAUAGUUCUUCUGAAUUUCAGUUUUGGAUGUAUAUCCAAGUGUCUAUAUAUAUAUAUAUCCAAGUUUCUCGGCUCACUGUGGGGAUGCUUGGAUAUAAAGAUCACCUGAAUUGGCCCCUGUGGGAAGAUGCUGGGGAAACAGUUGGCUCAAUGAAUGAAUAAACUAUAAGAUAGCAAGGUUGUUUUUUUUUUUUUUUUUUUUUUUUGUGGAAAACUUGAUGGCCUCUCUUGAAAACAGUUUUCCUUCCAAAAAGUCACCAAACAAAGCCUGCAUUUCUUCUUGGACGGCAGUUCUUUGAGGUAGUUCACUAGGGCCCUCUCAUGGUCACUACUGAGUACUGCCUGAAUCGUCACAAUAAUUGCUUUACUGAAUACCUACAUUUAAACCUUAGGUUUGGAGGAGUUACCUGAUUGUGAUAUAAAAUCUUUGCACAUCAGUUUUUAAAAUGUAACUUUAAAUAUAUAUCACUACUUCAAUAUUAGUCUAAUACUUGGUGCUAUAUUAUUUCUUGAAAGCCCUGUGCUUUGGGACCUAAAGAUUUGGGGCAUAAUUAUUGAACACAUUGAUAAAUGCAACUACAUUAGAUCAGUAAAUCAUUCUGGACUGAAUAAUGGAUAAAAAUUGGACCACAAGUAACUUGCCUUCUAAAAGGAAUGCAGGUCGGUUGUUUAUUGAUGGUAAAUAAUCGAAUGUUUGAUAAAAUGGUAUUUAAAGGGGUUGCCCUGAAUGUUGUGUUAAAGAUGAAUCUCAGUGCUGUAUAGUUUGUUGAAAAUUGCACCUUCUAAGGCAAUGCCUUGGCACACCUGGAAUCAAGUGCAAUUAAGUGGACUGUUCAAAGUGCACAAUACUAAAUGUCCAUUUUGAAUGAUGAAACGACAAGAGAGUGUUUCUGGUGGACAAAUGUCAUGCCUCCCUAUCAGUUAACUGGUGCAACAUUAACUUUUUCUCACACACUAAAAUUGUAAAAUCAACAGUGCUUCCACUUACAUUCAUUUUUAAUGUGAUUUAUGCAAGUCCUUUUUUUAACUAUCAAGAUCUGCUGUAUGUUAUUGAUUCAUUCAUUUGCUCAGACUAAAGUUCUGAUAGUGAUUGUCUUUUUGAGUUCUUUGGACUCUAACCUGCAUGCGUGAUACAAGGCAUACUGUUGAGCUGCUCCAGUCUUUUACUGUUAAAAAAAAAAGUUGUUGUUCUAAAUGAAUAGUUUGGGUAAUGGUGACUGUUCACAGUAAUUAAAUGAAUUAAAACAUGUACUGACAUUAA